CUUGCUUUGUUAAUUAAUUCAUCAUGGCUUCAUUUGAUCAUCAACAAACUAGGAAAAGGCUCAUAAUAAAAUUAUCUUAUCCACAUGGUUCUCAAGAAGAUGAUUCUCAAGCUCAAGGAAGCAACAAGAAAAGAAGAAUGGAAAAGCCAAUAGUUUCUUGCUAUUGGCUUGAUGCAAACCAACCACUACAAAAGAAGGAUAACAAGAAGAUCGACUCAAAGUUUCAUGCAAUAGAUCACUCAAAGGAUAAACCCUCUUGUUGCCUAAAGAAGAAGAAUGAUUGCAAUGGUGGAACUGAGUUGAUGGUUAAGGAAGAGAAGAAAAAGAAGCCAAUGGAACAUUACAAAAGAAUGCAAUGUUGGGUUAUUGUGAAGAGGAUGGUAGAAGGAAGAGAUGGUUGGGCUUUGAAAGCACCUCUUGAUAUCAAGUUUUUGAAGGGUUGCUUAGAGAACAAGUCAAAAGUGAAGAAGGCAAUUGGUUUGAAAGAUAUUGAGGGCAAAUUGAAAUCAUAUUCAUCGCCUGAUGAAUUUGCUGAUGACAUGAGGUUUGUAUUCAAUCAUGGAAUGUGUUACCCUCGAAGAGAUGAUGUUUUCAGAAUUGCAGCAAGACUUAGUGACACUUUUGAGUACAAGUGGAAGGUUUUGAAGAAAGAGUGGGCACUUGAGGAGAAAAGAUUGAUGAAGGACAGGAAUCAUAAGAGGAAGAGGGAAUCACAAUCACUGUGUCCAAUGAUUAGAUAAA